GCUGGGGAAUGGAACCUGUUGCUCCGCAGUUCCGUGUUGUGCGAUGGACGGCAGUGUCCACCAAGAUUUAACAGUUGGUACUAAGAGAGGAUCUGACGAGCUUUUCUCCAGCGUCUCCAACGGCCCGUAUAUCAUGAGCACCACAGCCAAUGGCAACGACAGUAAGAAGUUUAAAGGUGACAUCAGAGGGCCCGGGGCGCCGUCCAGGGUCAUCCACAUCCGCAAGCUUCCCACCGACAUCACCGAGGCCGAGGUCAUCAGCCUCGGGCUGCCCUUUGGAGACGUCUCCAACCUGCUGAUGCUCAAAGCCAAAAACCAGGCGUUCCUGGAGAUGAACUCGGAGGAGGCGGCUCAGAACAUGGUGGGUUAUUACUCCUCAGUGAUGCCCGUCAUCCGGAACCAUCCGGUCUACGUCGUCCAGUUCUCCAACCACAAGGAGCUCAAGACGGACAACUCCCCCAACCAGGAGAGGGCCCAGGCGGCUCUUCGGGCCCUCACCACGUCUCAUGUGGAUGGCGCCGCGGCGGCUCCGAGCACUGUGCUGAGGGUGGUGGUGGAGAACCUGGUGUACCCGGUCACGCUGGACGCCCUCUGUCAGAUCUUCUCUAAGUUCGGCACGGUGCUGCGGAUCAUCGUCUUCACCAAGAACAGCCAGUUCCAGGCGCUGCUGCAGUAUCCGGACGGAGCGUCCGCCCAGUCCGCCAAACUGUCUCUGGACGGACAGAACAUCUAUAACGGCUGCUGCACUCUGAGGAUCAGCUUCUCCAAACUCAACAGCCUCAACGUCAAAUACAACAACGAGAAGAGCCGAGACUUCACCAGACCGGACCUGCCGAGCGGGGACUGCCAGCCCGCCAUGGAGCACCCCGCCAUGGCCGCCGCCUUCACUCCAGGAAUCAUCUCGCCCGCUCCGUUCGCCGGAGCCACACACGCAUUCCCACCAGCCUUCACCAUGCAGCAGGCAGUGUCCUACCCGAGCCUGGGGAUCCCCCAUCUGCCCGGGUGCCUGUCCUUCUCCGGGGCCACCAGGAUGGCCCUCCCCCCGAUCUCUGCUGGAGUCUCUGUCCUGCUGGUCAGCAACCUCAAUCCCGAGAGAGUUACGCCCCACUGCCUCUUUAUUCUCUUCGGUGUUUACGGCGAUGUGAUGAGAGUGAAGAUCCUGUUCAACAAGAAGGAAAACGCUCUGGUUCAGAUGUCUGACUGUGCACAGGCUCAGCUAGCCACGAGCCACCUGAGUGGCCAGCAGCUGCACGGGAAGCCUCUGCGCAUCACGCAGUCCAAACACACCUGUGUCCAGCUUCCUCGUGAAGGCCACGAGGACCAGGGCCUGACCAAAGACUACAGCAACUCCCCCCUGCACCGCUUCAAGAAGCCCGGCUCCAAAAACUACUCCAACAUCUUCCCACCUUCUGCCACCUUACACCUCUCCAACAUCCCCCCGUCUGUGGUUGAGGACGACCUCAAGAUGCUGUUUUCCUCCUCAGGAGCUGUGGUCAAGGCUUUUAAAUUCUUCCAGAAGGACCACAAGAUGGCUCUGAUCCAGAUGGGCUCAGUGGAGGAGGCCAUUGAGUCCCUCAUCGAGUUCCACAACCACGACCUGGGAGAGAACCACCACCUGCGGGUCUCCUUCUCCAAGUCCUCCAUCUGAGCCUCAAAAGUUCACCAUCUGAAUCGUUGACUCGAUGGUGUCCACUACACUCCGAUCAUUCCAACGCAUGUUUGCAGAAACCACCGUGGAGUCUGGUGUGAUGUUAAAUUAUUUUUUUAAACUUGUUUUUAAGUUCUUUGCCUUCAAAGAGGAUUAGGGCCAGAAAUAUCAGAGUUCUGGUGAAGGUCAGAAUUCUGGAUUUGAUCUCAUAAGUCGGUGAAUAAUCAGUUUGUCGGGAUUUUGUAAAAUAAACCGGAAUUCUCAGAUUAUAGACAGAAUCUGGACUAUAAUUGCGUGUCGUAUAUUUGUGUCUUGAUCGUUUUGAAGUUGCAUUUUAGCCACUCUUGCCUUUUGACUUAAAUCCCAGAAUUAAAGUCCGCCUUCUAAGUUAAUAUCUCCGCAACGCUGACUGACGUUUUUUCAAAUUCCGACUUAAUGAACUCAGAAUUCUUUCUUUUAAAUUCAGGAUGCCAGUUCUCCGCUGUUUUCCUGUGGUCCUAAUCCUCCUCUGUGAAGUCCCCCCUUUGAAGAAACCCUUAUGUCUUUAAAUAAUCCGCUCUGACAGCGUUUGGGAGGUCAUGGAUUUACCUUCAGGCUGUCAGAAAUUAGUUCGGGCCUCACUACAAAAGGUUUAGUUUUGCCUUCAGAUGAUCCCUGUGCCUUAUUGCUGGAGUCAGAAUGACCUGGACUUCGACGUGUAAAAAAAAAAAAAAGAAAAAUCUCCCACCAUGCCUCUGCAAAUUGGCAAAGAGCAGGUUUACAGUUGAUAAAGGUUUACUGUUGAUGUAUUACAGAUAUAUCCAUAUUUUAUGUGUAUUUUAUUGGUGUUGUUUUCUUUAUGUUAGUGUUUUGUACUGCUGGUUACUGUAGCGUCAAACGUGAACGGAUUCUGUUUUAGCGGGUUUGCUGGCCUUUAGUCCUUAGAUGCUCUUUUUUUUUCUAUUCCUCUUUGAUUUCUUUAUUUCCAUGUAUGCAAUCAUGUUUUAUUCAAAUCAAAUAUUGUAGCAAUAUUUUAAUCAUUCCUGAACUUUGUUUGGUUUUGAAUGUCUGUGCAAGCUCGGCGGUUCUCCUGCCGCCGUUACAACCCACAGGCACAUGUUUUGUUUCUGUUGCCUUCUGUCGGGUUUUUGAAUCAGGAUGUUGUCUCGUGUCUGGCGUUGCCUCUCUGAACGGUUUUAUUUAUAAGUUUGUGAUCCACUACAGCUGAAACCAAAAACGGCCUUCUAGAUGCAAACAAAUCCGCCUGCCUCAGGUUCUUGGUUUAAGGACUAAAACACAAAAAGACGGACGAUGGAGAACUGCUUUAGGCUUCGAUGGUGUUUUCCUGUGGGAAUGUUUUUAUUAAUUUCUCGACCGCUUCACUGGAUUCAGCCCACCGGUGCGACUUCGGUCUCUUUUGCAAAACCCGAUGUAACGUGGAGUGCCUUCACCGCAGCGCUGAGUCACACAUCAGGUACCGGUUCCUCUUUAUUCUGAAGGAUUGACAGACGAAGCCCCGCAGUCGUCACAGCUGUACUGAGAACCGGACUGACGCUGCUGCAGGUUUGGUCCAUCUGUGUGUCUUAAUUUUAUUAUGUCGACAUUCCAGCUGCUCGGACGUCCGCCUGACCAAGAUACGCCGUCUGACGGAGCCUCGCCGUCUGACCCGAAAGAGCUGUUGAAGGACUUACAGUCAUGGUGCAUUCAAGACACCUGGCAGGUUUGCUAGACGAGUGUUAGGGGAUGGGGAUCGUUCAUUUUUAAUUGUUAUCGAUACCAUUAUCGAGACUCCUGAAUGAUCUGAAUCUUUAUCGAUACUUUUCUGUUAUUUGGUGAGAGACAGACCCUGUUCUGCUUUCGUUGCAAAUUUUUCACCCACACAACUGUAUUAUAAGUUUCUCUCUGAAAACUAAAUUUUCCUUUUCUUGAUGUUACACUUGAACACAUCAUGAUGGAGUUUUAUUGACCUUUGCCUGACAGUCAUUUUACUGAGCCGGCCUUGAACACAUCACAGUGAAACCUGCGGCCGUGUUUAUUGAUCCACCAGCUCUGAUCAGCUCAUUUCAGAUCAGAUUACUGUUUCCAACUGACAGACUCGCUGCAGGGUUCAGGUGAGCUUCCUGCUGCUGUGGGAGGAGGAGGAGGAGGAGGAGGAGGACGCGGUGGACUGAGCCGCGCCAGCUGACAGUCUUUUGACCCGCAGACGGUUGAAAGUUGUGUUUUUAGUGUUUUAAGGUUUAAUCUGACGCUCAGAGACGACGGUUCAGACAUGAAGGUCGUGGUGAUUUUGCAACAUAAAUUUCGUUUCUCUUCGUUCUUCCUCUUUUGUUUUGGUAAAAUGGAGCCAAACUUUAGGCCUUUUCGCACGUUCAUCCGCAUGCAGCUGACUCCAGAUUUCUUCUUCUCUUGCUUUAAUACCUAUUAAAAACUUUAUUGGACAGUCAAUGCGUGCGGACCAGUGACUGGAUUUAAACGACUCAACUCAACAGGUGACGUACGCUAUCGACCCGCGGGACUCGAUAGAAGUAUCAAUAAGCUCAAACGUUAUUGAUUUUCAGGUUUUGAAAAAAGUGAAACCGGGUUUAAUCCCCAUCCCUAUGAGCGUCCCAGUUCGGACUCCUGACUGUUUCCAGUCGCUCAGAGGAGGUUGGCCUCAGUCUGGACUCGGCUCGAGUCCAUCACACGCCAGGCUGUUUCUGUAACGUGUCCAUGUGGCUGCGGACUGUUGUACGCCGUCAGAGGAACAGUGAACGCCCUGAUGUCGCUGACCACAUGUCCACGGCGGUCUGUUCGUCAGUCUCAGAGAUCAGGCACCGCAGGCGGCCAAUCAGAGCGCAGCAGGAAGUGACGCGGUUCGACUCAUAGAUGCCACUCUGGUGCGUGAACGUUGUCGCGGCUGUAACGUUCACGCACAGAGAGGCUGCGGCUCUCGAACAUGUGACCGACACGCUCUGCUCUGAGUGGAGCUCUUCGCUCCCAGCUGAGGUGGACCAAUGAGAACGCUCGGCUGGAUGGAAGUUCUUGUUGUCAGGACGACAGGAGACGUGACGUCCAGACGCGCGGCGGGACAUGCGGCGGUGAGGGGUGGAGGGGCGGCUGUGGGCUGUUGAACUGUACAUACGUGUUUUCUACCACAGUUGUGUGUCUGCGAGCUGAUUGGUGGUUUUAUAUCUGAUGUAUAUUUUGAUUGGAGGUGAGCGACAGUCUGAGCCUUACACUCUGUCACAAAGACAAAAAACUACAGAUUAAAUCACUUUUUAUCGAAAA